CAUCAUAACAAACAUGGCGGCAGGAGGCGGCUGACUGAAAAGAAACGCUAUGCAUCUUUAGCAACCGUUUUCCUCAGUAAUAGAUAAUCUGCUCUCGUUGAUCGCAGCAUGGAGCCUGUCCCGUUUACGGAGGAGGUUUCGGAGAGAAAAGUAUCUGUUGUCGGCUCAGAGUUGGUGGAAAACUACACUGUCUACAUCAUUGAUGUGACGGAUGGACAGCACAGGUGGACUGUGAAGCACCGCUAUAGUGAUUUCUACGACCUCCAUGAGAAGCUUACGGCAGAGAAAAAGGUUGAUAGACGACUGCUUCCUCCUAAGAAGAUCUUGGGAAAGAACUCAAAGAGUCUGGUGGAGCGGCGGCAGAAGGAGCUGGAGCUCUACCUGCAGACUCUUCUCCAGCAGUUUCCUCAAGCCACGCCCACACCGCUCACCAACUUCCUACAUUUUCAUCUCUACGAAAUCAAUGGCAUCACUGCAGCACUGGCAGAGGAGUUGUUCCAUAAAGGUGAGCAGCUGCUGCAAGCCGGCGAGGUGUUUUCUCUCCGUCCUCUGCAGCUCUUCUCCGUCUCCCAGCAGCUGCGGAUGGCCAAACCAACCUGCUGCAAUGGCGAUGCCAAAACAGACCUGGGACACAUCCUCGACUUCACCUGCAGGCUGCGAUACCUCAAGAUUUCUGGUACCAGAGGUCCAGUAGGAACCAGUAAUAUUCAGGAGGCGAGUCUCCCCUUUGACCUGUCUGUUUUCAAAUCCCUGCUGCAAAUAGAGAUCACCGAGUGCAGCUCUCAGCAGAUUCUUGGUUUGUCCUCUCUGAGGUCGAGCUUGGUGACGAUGAGCAUCCAUCGCUCCACCAAAUCUAUGAUGUCUGUCCUCGUCCCAGAGGCGAGUGAGUUCUCGCAGUGGGAGCCUGAGACGGUGGAGUCUGGCUGUCCGGUCACCGCUGUCAUCCCCGUGUGGAGAAAUCUCACCACGCUGGACAUGAGUCACAACUGCAUCAGUAGCAUCGACAGCUCAGUGAAACUGAUGCCUAAGGUGGAGUUUCUGGAUCUGAGCUACAACCAGCUGUCCUCAGUGGAAAACCUCCAGCACCUGUACAAUCUGGUCCACGUGGAUCUGUCCUAUAACAACCUCCGGGUUCUGGAAGCAGCUCACACUCGUCUGGGGAACAUAAAAACCUUGAGCCUGGCUGGCAACCAGCUGGACCGACUGACCGGUCUCACCAAGCUCUAUUCUCUGGUCAGCCUGGACUUAAGCCACAACCAACUGGCACAGUUGGAGGAAAUCAGGAACAUCGGCUCUCUGCCCUGUCUGGAGAAACUCAACCUGUCCAGUAACCCCAUAUGCAUCAUCCCAGACUACAGAACCAAAGUCCUGGCCCAGUUUGGGGAUCGUGCAGCAGAGGUUUGCCUGGACUGUAAUGCGACGACGGAAAAGGAGCUGGACACUGUGGAAGUGUUGAAAGCCAUUCAGAAAGCCAAAGAAGCCAAAGAUCGCAUGAGCGGCAACGACAAGAAGAUCAGUGAGGAGACCAGGCUUUCUGCUGCUGUACCUCCUCUCCUCUCCUCCUCCUCCCCCUCCCCCUCCACUCUCCCGGCCUCCUCUCCUCUCCCAUCCACCUGCUCUCCCUCUUCUGUCGCUCCUCCCGCUGCUGUCACGUCCUCCUCCUCUUCCUCUUCUACCUCUUCGGCCCAGCAGGCUGCCUGCCCCAGCAAAGAUGUGACGAACAAAGAAGCCCCAGUUCCCCCCAGUGUUCCCCCUCCUGUGGAUCCUACACCUCCCUCUGCAAGCUUUAGCACCAACACACACCUCCCGUCUGCUGACUCUGCACAGAUGCAACAGCCGGUUGUCAGUUUGUCUGAACACACUCACUCUGGGGCUUCUACAAGCAUUACUACUGUUACUACUUCUACUUCUGCUACUGUAUGUUGUGUCUGCUCCUCUUCCUCAUCCAGACCCGUUGAGGCCAGUUGCUCCUCGUGCAGUGCUGCCUGGUGUCCUCUGCUUCCUUCUCACCUGCUUUCCCUUUCCUCCUCCAACAAGGACUUCAUCACCCAGCUUACGCAGCAUCUCAGCUCCACCCUGAGGCAGCAGAAGUUGAAGAAGGAGGGGGAAGAGAAGGAGCAGGAGAGGGAGGAAGAGAAGAGCUCUGAAUCCAGAGAAGUUCAGUCUCAUGUAGAGGGCACUGAAGUGGGCAGCCCCAGUCUAGGGUCCACUGAUGGCUACUUUGAGAUGAGUCUGGAUGAUUCUGUGGAGGAGCUGGUCGGCCCCUCCUUCAUGUCGCUCCCUGCUCCUACUGCAAAAGAGCCUGGUGGCCAUCAGGAGGAGCAGAGUGAGGAGAAACAGGAAGAGGUCCAGGUCCGCCGGGUUCUGUGGUGCUACUGUGUUCAGGUGGAGGAGGAGGAGGUGAAGCAGAAGGUGGCAUGCCUGGUGCUUGCGGACCAACUGUUGGGCCUGCUGUGCUCAUCACAUGAUUUCACAAGGGCCAAUCAGAACAUGGACAUAGAUCUGAGUCUGCCUUUGGAGGAAGUGCUGUUCAGCCUCCAGGUGGACCUCCUGCUCCCGUACUCUCAGCUGUCACUCUCUUCCCAAGCUGAGCUCCCAGACUCCUGUCUUGCUUUUGGACUGCAAGAAAAACCAGCCCGUUGGUUCUACAUCUUCUCUGAGGUUGAGGAGCUUCAGCAUAUUAGAUCUGAGCUCACGGUGCUGUUUCAGGUUGACCCAGAGCUCUCCAACACUCGUCAACUCCUUCCUCGCUCACUCAUCAACUCCUGGGAGCUGGAGGAAAGUCAAGGGGCGCAGGGAGGCUAUCCCGUCCUCUUCAUGCCCUCCUCUUCGUCAUCUGCCCUCAACACUAAUCUCCUCCUUUCAGACAUCUUAUCUGAGGAGCCCAGCCUUCCCUCUCUGCUCUUCCUCACCCACCGACAACUGUGGGUGCUGAAGAUGGACUUCAGAGAGCUGUCAGAAAUAGAGAAGCCCAGUGCUGGCCUUCGUCAUCUCUCCUCCUCCUUUUGUAGGCUAGUCCGUGUACCCCUCGGCUCUGUGGUGCUUCACCCCAGAGAGAGAGAUGCUCAGGUGGGGGACAAAGUCAGCAAUGCAUCCUGCUCAGACCCACAACAUCCCCAGAGGAGGAGUCACACUGUGGAGCUGCUGCUGGGUGAUCACAGGCUGCUGGUGUGCUUUCCUCUGGUCCAGAACAAGAGCUCCUUUCUGGGGUUGCUGAGCCAACGAAGGUCUGCUCUGGAGGGGCUGAAGGUGGUGGCCCUGCCCCGGCCCUCCAGGCUCUGUUCACAGCAAGGUGAGUUCUCACAAGGUCGUUAUAGAUCCAGAGACCAGUGCUGUUGUACCAAUACCAAGCAGUCACAUGGCUCCAGCAGCUGGGACUCUUCCCGUCUUCACAUGGAGGAGAACCAACCCUCUCCCCACCUCAUUCCUGGUCUGUCACCGGGUCUGAAGCUCAUGGCUGGACUGGGAGAGCAGCAGCUGCUCACCUACUUCCACAGAUAUAUAGCACAGUCUGAGGCGGAGGAGGUGAGACAGGUGCUGUGGCUGUCUGUGAUUCUCUACAAAUCUCCUGAGACUGAACUCACCUGCUGUCUGCUACUCUCCACUGAUUCAAUCUACUUCCUGUUGGAGGAUUCGGCCACUACACUGGGUCAUCACUCAGUGUUGGACAUAUCAGACUCUGGAGAUCCAGACACAUGUCUGUGCUGCUGUAUGUCCAUCAGACUCUCUGAUCUGCUGGCCGUCAACGUUGGGCUGUUUGAUCAGUACUUCAGAGUCGUAGGUCACUCAGCAGAUCAUGUGGUGUGCUGUCUGAGCAGGGACAGCUAUGGCACGAGCGUUUUCCUGCAGGAGCUGAUGUCAGCUCUCAGUCUGCAGCAGCAGCUUCCUCCUCCAGAGCCAUCCGAUCAGGACUUCUACUCGCAGUUCACCAACACAAGCACGGGUAAGAUGCAGAACUACGAGCUGGUCCACAGCAGCAAGGUGAAGUUCAUUUAUCCCAGUGAGGAGGAGAUGGGAGAUUUGACCUUCAUUGUAGCAGAGAGGAAGACUCCAGCAAGCGUGGCGUCCUCCUCCCCAUGCUCCUUUAACGUCCUGCUGUACCUGCUGGUCUUCCAGGUCCAGAUCCCCAGCAGUCCACCCAGCCAAGGCUCUGCACUCUCAGGCACCUCCUCUUCUGAUUUAGGCUCUGCCCGGUCUCCAGUUCUCCAGCCCAGGACUCUGAUCCUAACCAGCACCGAUGUGUUCCUGCUGGAUGAAGACUAUGUCAGCUAUCCACUGCCAGACUUCGCUAAAGAACCUCCAUCCAGGGAGCGGUACCAGCUGCGUGAGGCCCGGAGGAUCCGCGACCUGGACCGGGUGCUGCUGGGCUACCAGACGUACCCCCAGGCUCUGACUCUCGUGUUUGACGACCUGCCCGGCCCCGACCUCCUCUGCCACCUCACCAUGGACCACUUUGCUGUCAGCUGCAAUGAAGCUAAUCCCAGAGGAGAUGUGGCCAGCAGGGGUGCAGAGGGCGAGGUGCAGUGGUGCAUUUUUGUCCCGGGAGCCGACAGCAGAGAGAGGCUGAUCUCGCUCCUCGCUCGACAGUGGGAGGUGCUGUGCAGCCGAGAGCUUCCUGUUGAGCUCACGGGCUGAUUGGUUGACAGCGAUGACAGACAAAUAGGUGACUGCUCAGCUGCUGGUUGGUGGGUGGAGUCAUCAUGUGAUUGGGUUCAUUUACACAUGGACUCAGGGUUUGAUUGGUUUAAUCUCAGUGUUGGGCCAUGCGGAGGAUGAACACAAAAUGAAAUUUCCUCCCUUUUUUGGUUAAUAAUUGACAGAAAUUAAUAAUAACUGGGGUGGAGUCGUGGGUAAAAAUAUUGAGACUCACUGCACUAGAUGCACUAGAAAGCAUUUCUGUGCUUU